AUGCCCGUGCACUCGUCAUAUCCCCCGCCUGGUCCAGGCUACCCAAACCACCCUUCUCACCCCAUGAACCAUCCUCAUCAUCACUCGUCCCGCUCCAAUGGCCCACCCCCAGGCAUGCCCGGGGGUGGCCCUCCCCAAAUGGCCGGGCCGGGCCCUCCUCCUAACAUGCCUAUGAACGUGGCCCCACCAGAGCCCAUUGGCCCUCCCAGUAAUGGUCCGACGAUGGACAAUUUGAUCAAAAAUCUGAAAACUGCCAACGAAAACACUUGGAUGCUCAUCGGCGCUGUCAGUGAACAAAUUGCGUCCCCCGACGAUGCCGCCAAGGCAUUUGACCGAGCACUCAAGCACAACCCCAACUCGAUCCUCGCUCUGACCACUGCCGCCAACUUGGCGCGCAGUCGCGACAAGUUUGACGAGGCUGUCGACCUCUUCCAGCGCAUUCUCAAUCUCAAGCAGGAUAACGGGGAGGUGUGGGGCUCAAUGGGUCACUGCUUGUUGAUGAAGGACGACCUUCCCAAGGCCUACACGGCCUACCAGCAGGCGCUUCAUUACUUGCCGAACCCCAAAGAGCCCAAGUUGUGGUACGGCAUUGGCAUCCUGUACGACCGUUACGGGUCGUUUGAGCACGCUGAGGAGGCGUUCUCCAGCGUGUUGAAAAUGGACCCUGCAGAUUUCGAGAAGGCCAACGAGAUCUACUUUCGUUUGGGGAUCAUAUACAAGCAUCAGCGCAAUUACCCCGAGUCACUGAACUGCUUCCGCCGCAUCAUCAAGAACCCUCCCCGCCCAUUGACGUCCUGGGACAUAUGGUUCCAGCUAGGCCACGUCUACGAGCUCGACCGCGACUACGUUCAGGCGCGCGAUGCGUACAUGCGUGUGCUUGGGCACCAACCAGACCACGCCAAGGUUCUCCAGCAGCUCGGUUGGCUGUACCACCAGCCUGGCGCACCUUUUGCCAACCAUGAGCAAGCUAUCGGAUAUCUGACAAAGUCACUUGAAACAGACCCUCACGACGCCCAGAGCUGGUAUCUUCUCGGUCGAGCAUUUAUGGCUGGGCAGCGCUACAAUAAGGCUUACGAGGCGUACCAGCAGGCCGUCUAUCGUGACGGCAGGAAUCCGACAUUCUGGUGCUCCAUCGGUGUCCUUUAUUUCCAGAUCAACCAAUAUCGGGACGCCCUGGACGCAUACUCGCGUGCUAUUCGCUUGAACCCGUACAUCUCCGAGGUUUGGUUCAACCUGGGCAGUCUGUACGAGUCGUGCAACAACCAGAUAACCGAUGCGGUCGAUGCCUAUGUGAGAGCGCAGGAGCUCGAGCCUCGGAACCCCGCAAUUAAGGAGCGCCUCCGCCUUCUCCAAAGCCACAGCUCGCAGCCACUUCCACCUCCCCCUCCCCCUGUGGAUGUGCACCCGUCUCAAUAUAGCGGCGCGCCUCCCAGCGGAGGGUAUGCGCCCAACGGCAGCCAAUCUGGGUCUCCUCCUCCACCUCGCCAUGGAGCCCCUCCUGCUCCUGGUCCACAAAUUGGACAGGACGCGCGUGAGCAACCUCCCGGUCCAGGCCGUGAGUUGCCAUCGCUCCCAACAGACUACCGCGGACCGGAGCCGGCAACGUUCCGGGGUGGCGCAGUUCCCCCGCCGCUCGCUCACGUCGACGAGUCUCGCGGUAGCAUGUCGCGACACGCCCCCUUGGCGCCAAUCGACGUAGAGCGCCCCCCGGAGCCCCCGCGCGACUUGCGGGAGGGUUACCCCGAAGGUCCCAACUUUGCGACUGGCCCGCCUGGCCCCAAUCGCUUCGACCCAGCUCAUGAUGCCCGAGGAGGAUCGCCUCGUCGGCGCCAGGCAGAGCCCGGAGCUGGUUAUCCACCUGGCUAUCCACCUCAGCCCCACCCGGGCUACCGUGACCGCGAGCGCGAAGAGUGGGAGCGUCGAGGCGGUGAUCCGCGUGCCAUGGCUCCUCAUGACCACCGUGGGCCGUCACCACGUCCUGGAUUGCUCCCAGGCGACCCGCGCGCAGGCCCGUCUCGUGAUCCCCGCGACCCUCGCGACCCUCGUGACCCACGUGACCCCCGCGACCCACGCGACCCUCGCGACCCCCGCGACCCCCGUGACCCUCGCGAUCCGCGCGAGUUUGUUCGCUCACCUGAUGGGUACCCUCCCUACGGCGGCGCGCAGUAUGAGCGUGGCGGACCUUACCCGCCCGGCUUCCCUGACCCUCGGGAUCCGCGUGCGCGCGAGCGUUUUGAGGAACACGAGACUAAGCCUCCCAUCGAGUUCGGCAACGGCCGCCAGGCGUCGCUGGCACGCGAGCACGGCGAGAUGCGUGCUCCAUCACCAGCCGCGUCGACAAGCAGCAAGGCAAGCGGGCGUCGCAAGGUGUCUGACAAGCGCGAAGAUCCAUCAAGGAAGAUGAAGAAAGCUCCAGACUCCAAGGGCCGCCGUCUCAACGGUGAGGAGCCUAGCCCGCGUCCCAGCCCCGCGCCUUCUACUUCACGUGUCGCGGCACCCAGCCGCACUGUCGACGAGGGUGAGUAGCACAUUCAUGCCAACGCUAACGCCAGAUUAUGACGAAGGAGUUGAUGCUCUCAUGACACUGCACAAUGAGCGCCGUGCCCCAUCCGUUGCAACGGACAAGGCGCCCAGCCCUGUCAUUGGCACCAAACGUCCCGAUCCGUCGUCCCCGGAAAUGCAGAGUCACA